GUUGUAAAAGUAGUAGUAGUAUAGAGCCGUCGGUCAUAUUCGAGACACUUCAAAAGCGUGGUCUCAGCUGUAUGUUCUUAUAAUGGACUAUCACAGAUACAACAAAACUUCGUCUGUCGAAGACCAGAAAAGAUCGGGGUGGCAGCGUGCUGUUGGAACUACAAAGGCUGUUAAUGCUGUUAAAACCAGAGUUCGUCGAAACCCCAUUAGGAAGCAAAAAAUCUAAUAAUGUGUUCUAAAGAUGCUGCUCAAGUGAUCGGAAAGGUACAACGUAGUCAUCAUACUGCGUCAGUGAUGGUUUGGUGGGGCGUGUCUUAUCAAGGAGUCACAAAACUACAUUUUUCUGAAAAAGGAGUGAAAACUUCAGCCAAAGUGUAUCAAGAAACAGUCUUGGAUCAUGUUGCGAAACCUCCCAGCAAAUACACUUUUAAAAAGUACACCGUGGACUUUCCAGCAAGACUCUGCACCUGGUCACAAGGCACGAACUACCCAUGCCUGGUAACCAACCCUUCCAACCCCGACUCACUUCUCCUAUAUAUCGCUCAUCGUCCGAGCGCAAUGGAUCUGAAACUGCUUAAGAACGUAACUCUGCGCUUGCAUUUUAUCGAAGUAAUGUCAGAGCUCAACUCCGACCACCGACCUGUCGUCAUGCCGCUCGGCCGUCCGUGCAUCCCAGACCCGGUCACGAGGACCAUGGUGGAUAUGUAG